AUGAUGGCGACGCCUUUUACUGCCGUGCCGUCCGCCUCAUUAGUCGUCCGACGCGAAAAGCGUAGGCGCCAGAAAGCACCUGCUCUUACUGGCACCCGGCGACAACCUCGACGAGGCUUUAAAUUUAGCGAUAAGAAAGACGGGGGAUUUAAUGAGGCGCCGGUUGAGGCUACGCCUGUGGGAAAGAGAAAGCCUGGAACACCAGCAAAAGACAACACGUUUGUGUUUCGCGUCCGAAAGGACGAUGAGAAGGAGGUCGAGAAGCAGCACGCAGUGGACGCGGCUGCGGUAUCAGCAGCACUGCGAGCCAAGCAAGAGAAGGCAGUCAGAGCUGAGAUGCGACGACUGGUGCGGCAAAAGAAGCGCGAGGAGGCCACGCGAGAAGCGCUCAACGAGGAGGAGAUGAAGACUAAGAAGUUGUCGGCCGACCAGGUGUCACUCUAUCACAUGGUGCAGCGACAAGUAAAGCGGGAACUUCGAAAGGUGAGGAAAGAGUUUCUCACCUCCGCCGCGCGUCGAGACAUUAUGCAGAUUAGCGAGACGAGUUUGCAGGCAAUGAAACAGGAGCUGAUUGUUUUUAUGGCAGAGCACCCGCCAGGGAACGUGACGAUCAAGGUCCCGAAUCCAGAAAAUGCUCGGAUGCGUUCAGCGAUUGAGACAUACAACCAGCAGCUCAAAAACUUGGAUGAAGAAGAGAAGCAGUGGCUGAAAUUGAAGAAUACAGCUGAGAUGGAUACGCAAUUUGCAUGUAGUGACGCAACAGUCGAAGCUAGCAGCACAGGUUUGGAGCCAGAUAAUGGCGUCAUUCAGGAAAAGGCCGAUAUCCAUGGAAUUUUGCAGCAGGAGAAGCUGUCGUGUAGACUGGAAGUCACGCAAGGUGUCGAUGCACUUCAGCGCUCGGCACUUCAGCAACUCCGUUCGACUACAGAACAGCUGACGCUGUUGGACGCAUCCAUGCUUACAGUGAACAGGUUGAUGGUGAAAGCUGAAAUGAAGAAAGCGCGGGUUUUUGGUGCAUAUCAUGACAGCGCCUUUAAGGGGUAUGGCAACGUAGCGCGCCCAAAGGAAAGUAUUCGCGCGUUGCUUGCGUUGCCGACUCGGGGCGGCGUGCCGUAA